ACGCGAUGGAGCCCGAAGACGGUGGCAAUCAGACAGCCGUUGUGACCGAAUUCAUCUUCCUGGGCUUCUCCUCCGUUCCCCACGGCCAGGCCUUCCUCUUCCUCCUCUUCCUCCUCAUCUACCUCAUCUCCAUAGUGGGCAACUCUCUCAUAUUCACCCUCAUCCAGCUGGACUCCCGCCUUCACAGCCCCAUGUACUUCUUCCUCAGCCACCUCUCCUGCUUGGACCUUUGCUACUCCUCCGUCACCGUCCCCAAGAUCCUGGUGAACCUCUUGCGCCAGAGACACACCAUUUCCUACAACCAGUGCAUGGCUCAAAUGUUCUUCCUGAUGACCUGUGCAGGGUCCGAGUGCGCACUGCUGACCGUCAUGGCCUAUGACCGCUAUGCUGCCAUUUGUGAGCCCUUGCGCUACUCUCACCUCAUGAGCAAGAAGGUGUGCGUCCCUCUGGCAACCGCUUCGUGGAUCUGGGGCAUCCUGGACUCCGCCAUUCACACCGCACUGGCCACCAAUCUGUCCUUCUGUGGGGCCAACCGCAUUGACCACAUCUUCUGUGAUGUCCCCCCACUUCUGAAAAUCGCCUGCAGCGACACCUACGUCAACGAAAUGGCCCUUCAUGCGGCAAGUGUUUUUGUGAGUCUCAGCCCCUUCCUGCUGGUGGUCAUCUCCUAUGUCUUCAUCCUAUCGGCCAUCUUGAGGAUCCGCUCCAACACUGGAAGGCGCAAAGCCUUCUCUACCUGUGGUGCCCACUUGGUUGUGGUCAUCAUCUACUUUGGGAUGGCAAAUGUGAAUUACAACCGCCCCAGUGCUGGCUACUCCAUGGAGAUCGACACCCUGAUCUCCACUUUGUAUUGUAUCAUCACCCCAAUGCUCAACCCCCUCAUCUACAGCCUCCGCAACAAAGAGGUGAAGGAGGCCCUGAGAAAGGUCUGGCUGGGUGGCCAGAAGGAGGGAUACACGUUCCCCCACAAGUAGUGAAGGGCAUGCUGGGUCUCUCCCAGCAUCCCUUUCACCAA